UGUCGACCUGGACGAGCUCAGCUGUAACAACAUUCCCCUAGCCUUAUUUCUCCUCUUGUAACAAAACAGUCUCUCUCACGUUCGACCUCGACCAUGUUCUUCCCCACCGCCCGAACCACCCUCCGUGCCGCUGCCGGUGUCGCUCGACGAGGAUAUGCCGAUGUUGCCGAUGGUGCUCUCAAGUUGAGCUUGGUCUUGCCCCACCAGGCCAUCUUCUCGACUCAGGGUGUCACUCAAGUCAACAUUCCCGCUGUUUCGGGUGACAUGGGUAUCCUCGCCAACCACGUUCCCACCGUCGAGGCUCUCCGACCUGGUCUCGUCGAGGUCAUCGAGUCUGCCGGUUCCUCCAAGAAGUUCUUCGUCUCUGCUGGUUUCGCUACCGUCCACGCCAACAACUCGAUGACCAUCAACGCCGUCGAGGCUUACGAGUUGGACAAAUUCUCUCCCGAGGCCGUCCGAGCCGGUCUCGCCGAUGCCCAGCGUGUCAUCGGAUCCAACGCUACCGAGCAGGACAAGGCCGAGGCCCGUAUCGAGGUCGAGGUCUUCGAGUCGAUCCAAUCCGCUCUGUCCAAGUAAACAACAUCGACAUGGAGAAUUGUCGGAAAAAGAAGGAUCUCGGAACGAGGUCGGAGCGGGAGUAGCAUUUGUAACAGGGAAGAGAAGAUGGAAUGGAAUAGAUGAAA